AUCUCUCGACAGAUUUAAUUAAUGUUACCUUUACAUUUAGCUCCAUUCUCUAGAAUUAUAUUUGAGCUCUACAUUCUCCUUAAAGAAAGGUCGUGUUGGGUUUGGCAGAGGAUGGCUAGAGAUGAGUAAACUUCUAUUCAACAUAUCUUUACAUAGCGUCAAAUAACAACCCGAUCUCAUGAACGUGCGUAUAAAUAGUACGCCAAAUAAAAACAAAAACUCGUGGUAUUGAUACGCAAAAUGUCCUUUAGCGUGUAUAUGCUACGCGAUGGGUAGGAUUAGGGUUGUGGGGUAGAUGCGUAUCAUAUGCACGCCAACAAUUUUCGUAUCAUAUGCACGCGAAAACUGUACUGAUCCAUUAGAACGAAUCUGGCUUUCCAAAGUAAUUCAUAGAAACGCCCACCUGGACCAAAAUCACCUUUCUGGUGAUGCAUAGAUAGGUUACUUGUACAGCAAGCAGAUGAACCCAGAAUAUAAAUGCAAUGUUUCACAUAAAAGUUUCGCAUUCAUAUUCGGGGCUAAUCUACUUGCCUAAAUAAAGUAUGCAUCAGCAAGGUGUAUACUGGAUGUGAUCUUUUAAUAUCACUGUUUUAAUACAUUAAGGCAGUAUAAGUGUUUUUCACAUUAAAUGUUUUACCUGUUGAUUGAAAUAUUGCUGCUUGGAAACAGAUGGAAAAUUGACUACAAAAGUAGCUAGUAGCUACUGGUAAAGUUUAGGUAGCCUAUAAUUUCCUAGUCAUCCUUUUAUUUUGCAUACACUCUUUAACCAUAGAUUGUGACUAUGGUUAAAGCGGAUUUGUUAUAUGUGUGAAUGAAUAAACAUUAUGUUAUAUCAAUCUAUAAAAAUUCACUUUAUAAACUAUGUAAACACACCUAUUUUGCCACUUUUCCCCAGACCAUAUUAGUAUAUUCUGGUAAUGUCGAUUGGAUGGACCAACCCCAGUCUGGACUGUCCUUGCCCCUGGUUUGACUAUGUUCACAUUUGGCACAUUUUCUAAUAUGAAACAAAUUUAUAAGUGAUUUAAUAAUGAAAUUAAUCCCGGCUGGGACAUAGACCCCCCGGUUUCACAGACAAGGCUUAAUCUUAAAAUAUAUCAGUUCCUUUGAUUUGUCUCAAAAUGCACCCCAGUAAUGUUUUUUCUAAGCAUGCUUAUAAAAAUUACUUAAAUGUCCUAAUUGAACAAUGACCUAAUCCUGGCUUAGUCGAAGCCCUGCCUGUGAAACCGGGCCUGAGUGUCCAUAGCUGAAGAAACACCCAGUUACAUAAGGCCUGCUCAAAUGAACUGUUAUAGAAGCAGUAUCACAUAUUCAGUUAACAGCAAUCAUGCUGUUCUGUAUAUAUAUAUAUAUAUAUAUAUAUAUAUGUAUAAGCACAUCUGUGACAACCUGUGUCUUCAUGGCCAUAUUACAGCCAUGUUGAUAUUCAGACCAGCAUUCUUUGGUCAUGUGACGCUGGGUAAGCAUAUAGGAUAUGAUUGUGAUUGACAGGAUAAUGUUGCAGCCCUCAACAUUCUUCAACUCCAUAGGAACGCUUUCUCUUUGUUGUUAAGCAACUCUUCAGGUAAAUCUUGAUUCCCAGCUUUGAGAAUGAAAGAAAAGAGUGAUCAGUGAAACCUGGUUUCUUGACAUUCAGUAAGCUUUGGCUGACAAGAAAGAGAAGAUGUGCAAAGACAAGAUACUCUCUUUAUUUUCAAAGAUGCCAAAACCCGCUGAUGUGAUGCUAACCGUGCCAGUAUACCAGCAACAGCAGUAUGACGUCUCCAGGUUCCUGAAGAUCAAGCCACUGGCUUUGGGGGUAAAAACACACUGUUCCACAUCAAGAGAAGUAUUCAGUGAGUAUGAACAAACAGGUACUAUAUCUUGUGUUUUUGUCUCACAGAUUUUGGAACUAUUGCUAGCCUUAUUGGGACUCUGUUUGAUAAUCUGGAAUGUUUGUUUUUCUCUUCUCUGGUCACCAGUCAGCUUCAUUUUAACUGGAGCAUUAACAGUCUCGGCAGCAAGCACAUGCAAACCAUGUCUGGUCAAAUCCUCACAAAUGCUCAGCUAUUUCAAUGCGGCAGCAGCUGCUCUGUCUCUCCGCUUUCACUUUUAUUACACUUGGGGUGUGACCUGCUUUGUCCUUAUGGCUUGUGAUACUCUCAUCUUCAUUUUUUCUGUUACUGUUGCUUUAACCUCCUAUUCCUGUUGCUGCAGACCAAAGCCAAGACAUGUCGAGAUCAGUUAUAUGGACGCAGAUUUGCCUGUCAACCAUAUUGUGCUCGUGGGCCAGCCGGACCCCUCUGCAGUGGUACAGUCCGUUAGUUCAAUCAUGUACAUGCUGCCAGCCGCACAUGGCUCAGUCCCACCUGCGCCUCUGCCAAAUUACAGUCCAGUACCAACUAUACCUCCACCAGCCUACGACCAGGUCUCAGCUGCACCUCCACCAAACUACAGUUCAGUCCCAAGUACUCCUCCACCAGCAUAUGAGGAUUUACAGACCAGAAGAUAAACCGGAUUUCAGUUGGUGUUUACACAUUGAU